GUGGAGGGGCGGGAGGGGGAGGGGCGCCCGCGCAGAAGACCCAGCGCCCAGCCCCGCCGCGGACCAUGGUGCAGCAGGCCGAGAGCUCGGAAGCCGAGAGCAACCUGCCCCGGGACGCGCUGGACACCGAGGAGGGCGAGUUCAUGGCGUGCAGCCCGGUGGCCCUGGACGAGAGCGACCCGGACUGGUGCAAGACGGCGUCGGGCCACAUCAAGCGGCCCAUGAAUGCCUUCAUGGUGUGGUCCAAGAUCGAGCGCAGGAAGAUUAUGGAGCAGUCGCCCGAUAUGCACAACGCCGAGAUCUCCAAAAGGCUGGGCAAGCGCUGGAAGAUGCUGAAGGACAGCGAGAAGAUCCCGUUCAUCCGGGAGGCGGAGCGCCUGCGCCUCAAGCACAUGGCCGAUUAUCCCGACUACAAGUACCGGCCGCGCAAAAAGCCCAAGACGGACCCAGCGGCCAAGCCAAGCGCGGGCCAGAGCCCCGACAAGAGUGCGGCGGGCGCCAAGGCGUCCAAGGGCCCGGGCAAGAAGUGCGCGAAGCUUAAGGCUCCUGCGGGCAAGGCGGGCGCGGGCAAAGCGGCGCAGCCCGGGGACUGUGGCGCGGGCAAGGCGGCCAAGUGUGUCUUCCUGGACGACGACGACGAAGACGACGACGAGGACGACGAGCUGCAGCUGCGGCCCAAAGCGGAUGCGGACGACGACGACGACGAGCCCGCGCACUCGCACCUGCUGCCGCCGCCGGCGCAGCAGCAGCCCCCGCAGCUGCUGAGGCGCUACAGUGUGGCCAAGGUGCCCGCCAGCCCCACGCUCAGCAGCGCGGCCGAGUCCCCAGAGGGCGCGAGCCUGUACGACGAGGUGCGCGCGGGCGGGCGGCUGUACUACAGCUUCAAGAACAUCACCAAGCAGCAGCCUCCGCCCGCGCCUCCCACGCUGUCGCCUGCGUCCUCGCGCUGCGUGUCCACCUCCUCAUCCAGCGGCAGCAGCAGCGGCAGCGGCGCCGAGGACGCCGACGACCUCAUGUUCGACCUGAGCUUGAAUUUCUCCCAGGGCGCGCACAGCGCCUGCGAGCAGCCACUGGGCGCGGGCGCGGCGGGGAACCUGUCCCUGUCGCUGGUGGAUAAGGACCUGGAUUCCUUCAGCGAGGGCAGCCUGGGCUCCCACUUCGAGUUCCCCGACUACUGCACGCCGGAGCUGAGCGAGAUGAUCGCAGGGGACUGGCUGGAGGCGAACUUCUCCGACCUGGUGUUCACGUAUUGAGGGGUGCAGGGCUCCUCGGGAGGCAGUCGUGGCAGUCAGGAUAAAGAGGAUGGUGGGGGGAGGGGGAGAAGAUGCUCAUGGUCAGAGAUUUGGCGCAAAGAAAUUGGAAACAGUGAUGAGAUGUUGGUGGAGUUAAAGUGAAAUGAGUAGUUUUAAACAGAUUUUU